AGAGCGCUAUUGAUUUCUGGUAUUGAACAGUCUGUGUUGGGAAAGUGGAACUAGGCCUUGAUUGCAGGAUUAUAAACAGCACACAGUAUGUUUAGUGGAAUAUUGGUAGGACAUUAUUUAGUGCUUGUAUGGUCACACUAAGUUUACAUUUUGUUUGGAAUGUAAUUGUCAACUUUCCUUCAAGCAGUGUCCAACUUCCUUUGUCGAUCUUGGAGACAGAAUGUUUAGUUAAGAAUAUGCAUCAUGUUAUUGAUGUUCUCACUAUGUUGAAAAAACGGAUUUGUGAAGCUUAUGAAAGCAGAUGAUUUGAUUGUCUUUGUAAACAUUUUGUGCAGCCUUUGACUUGUUUAUUACAAAUAGUCUAAGUAAAUUAGAAUACAAUACAACACAACUCAAAGAUACCACAAGUAGUUUAUCCUAAUAAUGAAGGCAUUUGCAUAAAGGAACCAGUGUUAGGAUUGUUUUGCAAUGGCUGAAGAAACAAUAUACCUGUGUAAAUUCCGGGUCUCUGUUGACGGGGACUGGUUGUGCCUAAAGGAACUGAGCGAUAUUCAGUAUGAAAUGCCACCCUCUCUCAGUAACUCUAUGAUUGAAGAUGAUGACCGUGACCCACGGACCAUAGAGCGAGGCAACUUGCUUAACGUUUCCAAGAUGAUUGUUAAGGAACUAAUUGACUCCUCGAUGGCCCACGGACGGAUGCUUGAUGAUGAUCACGCUCCCCUACAGCAGUUCUUCAUAGUCCUUGAACAUGUGCUGCGACAUGGUCUACGUCCAAAAAAGAGUAUUAUGCGUGAUCGUAGAGAUUUCUGGUGUGUUCUUGAGCUGGUUGAGAAGUUUGUACCUGAAGCUGCAGAAAUCACUGCCACAGUCAGAGAUAUGCCUCAUUUAAAGACCCCUUUGGGCAAGGCAAGGGCAUGGUUACGUUUGUCAGCCAUGCAGAAAACACUUGCAGAUUACUUCAAAGUGCUUAUUGAAAAAAGAGAUAUGGUUUUGACGGAGUUUUAUGAGCCUGGUGCUAUGUUGCUGGAGGAUGAAGGCACAGUGAUAGCGGGUCUGCUAGUAGGCCUGAAUGUGAUAGACUGUAACCUUGGAAUCAAGGAUGAGGACCUUGACCAGCCGAUAGGUGUCAUAGACUUUAGUGUAUAUUUGAAAGACACACGCUUGAAUGAUUCCGACCCAGAGGCAGAUAAUGCUGCCAUGCAAGAGAAAAUGCAGACCAUACUAGAUCAGAAAAACUAUUUAGAAGAACUCAACAGACAUUUAAAUACAACAGUUGCAAAUCUUCAGCAGAAACUUGAAAUGGCCAGUACAACAAACGCCCUGAUGAAAGAAGAUUUAGCCAUCGCCAAAAACACAAUCCUUCAGUUAGAAGAUGAGAAGAAAGUUCUAGAGUCACAGCGAGACACAAUUCUUCAUGUUCACAAACACACGAUCGAGUCAUACCAAGACCACAAUGAUGAUGAAGCAAUUGUUAUUGAGCUUCAUGGAGAGAACAGUCUAAAAGAAGGGCCUCCUUUCAACACAGAAGAUACAGCAGAAAAUACAAAUAUGAAUGAAGCCAGUGCACAGGAAACUGAAAAUGUUACAGCAGACCCCGUGCCUGGGAUAUAUGCUAAAGUCGAUGGUACUUUGCCUGAUGAUGAAUCAAAAGAUGGUAGAACUGAUGAAUUUCAAACUGAAAACAACAGUUCAAGAACUCCUGUGAGAAAGGCAACUGGCCCUGACAUGCAAAAGCCUCGUACUUCCAGUGAGGGAAACUUGAAGACCAGGGCCAGUUUGAGGACCUUCAGUGAAUCAGAGAGCAAACCUAUUGAUACACUCUGGUCCAAACUGGGCUUCUUUCAAAAAGAGACUAAAAAGGACAUAGACGUAGAACGGCAGACAUACCAACAGUCAAGGGCAGGUCUGGAUGACAUGUAUGCUGAUAUUAAAAAGAGACUUGAUGAUGAAAUCAAUCUUAGACUGGAGGUUGAGAAGGAGUUGAGUCUACAGAUUGGCAUGAAGCAGGAGAUUGAGAUGGCCCUGGAGCUGACAGAGAAAGACAUCCACGAGAAGCAGGACACCAUCAUCAGCGUCCGCAAGCAACUAGAGGACGUGAAAAACAUCAACCUGCAGGUCGCUGAGAAACUGGAGCAAUGUGAUACGUCCCUCAAACACAAGACAGAGAUGGUUAGGACUCUGGAAGAGAAGACAAACUCUUUGAUGGCAGCACUGAAGGAUAAUGAAAAAAAACUGAAGAAGUGUGAGAGUGACAAGGCAGCAGCAGAAGAGACAGCCCGCAAAUUGGGACAGAUCAUGGCUGAUAAGGAAUCAAAGAGGACAUCAUUAGAGACAGACCUGCGUAUAGAGCGUGAGUGGCGUGCAAACCUGCAGAAGAAUCUGGACAAGGAGAAGGAGCGCACAUCUGCCUUGCAGAGGGAGCAGCAGCAGCUGCGCAGGCUAGAGGCUGAGCAUGCCACCUUGCAGGCUCAGUUCCAACUGGUGAAGACUCAAUGUGAGGAGCAGGAGCGAACACUCACAGAGCUCGGCUCACACCUCAGCGACUCCAAGCUGCAGAUGGAGGGCAUGAAGGAGAUGCAGCAGAUGAACAAGGAGGCCAUGUGGGCCAGCGACAAGGACGCCACCAACUGCAAGCUGUGUGAGAAGCCAUUCUCUGUGGCGCGCAGAAAGCAUCACUGUCGAAACUGUGGCGACAUAUUCUGUGCCGAAUGCUCAGACAACAAAAUGCCUCACCCAUCAUCUUCCAAGCCUGUGAGAGUGUGCGACUCAUGUCAUGAGGUUCUGUUACAGAGGUACUCUGCCAGUGGAAACUAGUGCAAUAACCUUUAUGUGCAAUCAAAUACUUUCUCAGAAGCAUAAGAAGACGGGUUCAAAGGAAGCAGGGCUUAAACAUUUUGUGGGGCAUGAAAAAUAUUUUUAUGGAAGACAGUCUUACUUACACAUUAUUUCUUACUGGUAUGGGAGUGUUAAUAAAAUCGGCCGCUACUACAAUAAGA